ACUUUCUGACGCAUACUUUUUGAUUGGCGCUCUUUUACUUCGUGCUUCCUUCAUUCGCUCCGCUCUUUCAAUUUAUCAGAAAAUGGCUACCGAAGAAUUGGUGACUGAGCAGUUUCAAUUUUUAGGCAUAGAAGUGCCUAAAGAAGUUUUAAGUAAAUGUGUAAGUUUGUGCGCGGAAUACGAUGUAGAUGCUGAAACAUUUAUCGAACAAUGGAUGGCAUUCAGUUUGACAGCGCUUAACGGCGCCGGACCGACUUUAGAAAACAUAAAUCUGCUUGAGAAAAGGGAAUUUUCCAAACGGUCGGCAACUCGAAACACAAAUGAUACAACCGGCACGAGUUUGACAGUGUACGGCGCGCCCGCAUCUAUCCAACCAGAAAAUGAAGUUCUCUCAAAUUACAUGAGUGACACACCAAAGAGGGUGAAGACUGAGCACACAGAACAGAGCUCGAAUCAGAUUGAACUGCGACCGGCCACAUAUUCGCCAAGUGUGGACCAUUCAGGCAAAUACAGUUCCCGCACAAAUCAGGGUUCAGUAGUCUAUUCGUACGGCGACGAGAAACUGCUGGCGACACUGGCCAAUGCCACUUCGGCGAGCGAUAUAACGGAUUUGAAUAUUUCCCAAGUGCGGAACGAUGAUGGAGAAUUGUAUACCAAAGCAAUGUUUGGUUUUGAGCUGCUUCACGAGAAAGCGAGCACCUUCGACAACCACAUCCGGUACAUAUCGCAGUGCAUCAUGAAGAAAAAUGGAAUCACAGAGUCGUCUUCAGUCAGGCACAAAACUCAGACAGAAGUAUAUGUAGCGGGUCGCAUAGAGUGCGACGCAGACGCAAGGCUCAACUCCAAAAGUGUCGUUCUGCAGGGAACAUGGGACGAGUCGCUCAGCUUAGUUGUUCCUGUCGACUUAGACAAUGUGGCACAAUACUCGCUGUUCCCCGGGCAAGUGGUAGUGCUGAAGGGCGUGAACCCGCGCGGCGACAAGUUCAUCGCGCGGCGAGUGGUCACCGACGCCGCGCGCCCCGCGCCCGCGCCCAACGCUGACUUGAUGAACACGCUCAAAGGUACAAUCUCAAUGGUGAUAUCAGCGGGCCCCUACACCACAUCCACCAACAUGGCGUACGAGCCCCUCAAAGACCUGAUCUCGUACGUGAGCGCGCACAAGCCGCAGCUGCUGCUCAUGACGGGCCCCUUGCUGGACUGCGACCACGCUAAGGUGAAGGACCACUCCAUGGCCGAGACGUACAAGGCGUUCUUUGACAAACUCUUGGAUAAUAUAGGAGAGAUUGCUACGGCGAGCCCCUUCACCAAAAUAUACAUAGUGUCGAGUCAAAAGGACGCGUUCCACGUGAACAUCUACCCCACACCCGCAUACAGCAGCCGCAAGAGACACCCCAACAUACACUUCGUACCGGACCCCUGCACUCUGAACGUCGACGGCGUGCUCGUGGGCAUCACUAGCACUGACGUCCUCAUGCACAUAAGCCAAGAGGAGAUUUCGCUUGGCAUGGGCGGUGAUAAGCUGGCGCGUCUAGCUGGUCACAUCCUGGCGCAGCAAUGCUACUACCCGCUGUGGCCCGCUGCGGCGCCGGUGGACGCGGCGCUGUGGGCGGCGCACGCGCAGCUGCCCGCCACGCCGCACAUCCUCGUGCUGCCUUCCAACUUGCGAUACUUCGUCAAGGAAGUGAAUGGCUGUGUGGUGGUGAACCCGGAGCACUUGACAAAAGGCGCCGGCGGAGGGACGUUCGCCCGCGUACUGGUGGAGCCUACCAACGACGCUAUCAACGUAGCGGCGCAAAUUGUACGCAUUUAAUAAACAAACAAUAACUAUGAUAAACGUUUAUUGAUAUAAAAGCUUUAAUUAAAAUUCGUUACAAAAUA